AAUUCUAUCUUGGCAUAAGGCAUAGCGACGGCGGGAAGAAAAACAUCCUUGGACGCAACGGACUUAGAUUCUCCUAGGAGAUUUUAGCAUAUUCGGUUGUUUCGUACUUCAACCACCAAAACGACGUCUUUUUAUUUGUUUCCCUUUUUCUAGACAUUCAGGUGUCGAACCGGCGAGAGAGUGGGACGCUCUACUGUUUUCUUCAGUCGCCGACGGCUCAAUGGCGGUGUCGCCAUCAGCGGCUCGCGUCGCGGUCCUGUCCUUCGCGUUUCUGCUCCUGAACCUGCACCCAAUAUCGCCGGCGACGGUGGGGUCCGAUCCCGAUGCUUCACCGGUUAAGCGCCUCCCGGCGAGGCCGGGGUCGCCUUUCAAGAUCGCUCUGUUCGCCGAUUUGCACUUUGGAGAGGACGCGUGGACCGACUGGGGGCCCCGCCAGGACGUGAACUCCGUCUGUGUCAUGUCCACCGUGCUCGACGAUGAAGUUCCUGAUUUUGUUGUGUAUCUUGGAGAUGUCAUAACGGCGAAUAACAUUAUGAUAGCAAAUGCAAGCUUGUACUGGGAUCAAGCUCUCUCUCCAACAAGAUCGAGGGGCAUUCCCUUUGCUAGUGUCUUUGGAAACCAUGACGAUGCAGCAUUCGAGUGGCCAUUGGAGUGGUUUUCAGCCCCAGGCAUUCCUCCGGUUCACUGCGCUGUCGCAAAUUCAUCAUUUUCAGGAGAUUGCAGCUUCAGUGGAACACAUCGUUUGCAGCUCAUGACAAAUGAGAUAGAGCAGUAUGCACUGUCCUACUCUAGCAAGGGUCCAAAGGAUCUGUGGCCAAGCAUAUCCAAUUACGUUCUUCAGAUCUCGCCAAUGGAUAAUCCUCUAUCCCCUAUAGCGUACCUUUACUUCCUUGAUUCUGGCGGUGGAUCUUAUUCAGAAGUAUUAUCAAACGCCCAAUCCGAAUGGUUCAAAACCCGAUCUCUAGAGAUCAACCCGGAUUCAAGGGUACCAGAGUUAAUAUUUUGGCACAUACCUAGUAAAGCUUACAAAAAGGUGGCUCCAUGGAGUGGUGUACCUAAGCCUUGUGUGGGCUCAAUCAACAAGGAAACAGUUGCUUCUCAACAAGCUGAAACAGGGAUCAUGGAAAUUCUUGAAAAGCGGCCUUCUGUGAAGGUAAUAAUGCCACGAAUCUGUUUAUCCAUUGAUACUUUGAUGAUCAUCUGGCAGGCGGUGUUUGUUGGACACAACCAUGGAUUGGACUGGUGUUGCCCCAGCAAGAAUCUGUGGCUAUGCUAUGCCAGGCAUACUGGGUAUGGUGGCUAUGGCGAUUGGGCUAGAGGUGCGAGAAUAAUUGAGAUAAAUCAACACCCUUUCUCUAUUAAGUCUUGGAUAAGGAUGGAGAAUCACGAUGUACACAGUGAAGUUAAUUUGAGUUCUUAAAAUCAGUCGAUGUACAGUGAAAAA